GUGUUCAUUUUUUUUUUAUUAAUUUAAUGUAGCCACUACAUUAAAUUAAUAAUAUCCACGAAUUCGGAUUUAAAAGUAACUACUAAGUAGUAAUUGUUGUAAAGCCCAACCACAAAAUAUAUCUCACAUUCCUCACAUUUAGUUAAAUUUUUUUCGUAACCAAUUCUUAAAUAUUAUAUUUAUUUCAUUCAUAAUGGUCGUCAAUGCUUCUGAAGAAUCCAUUAAUCGCAUAGGUAUUGUGUUGGCAGACACAACCUUACCCAUGAAAGAACGGUUCCGAGCACUCUUUACUUUAAAAAAUAUGGGUGGUAAUUUGGCCAUUGAAAAUAUCGCCAAAUGUUUCAUUGACGAUUCAUGUUUGCUAAAGCACGAAUUGGCCUACUGUCUUGGACAAAUGAGAGAUGAAUAUGCUAUUCCAUAUUUGGUUCAAGUACUUAAGGAUGAAAAACAAGAGCCUAUGGUUCGACAUGAAGCAGGUAUGAUUAUUGAAUUUAAUAUAAUGGCAUUGGUUUUUUUUUAAAUAUUUAUAUAGACAUUAUAUGAUAAAUGUUUUGCAUUAAUAUUAUAUGUGAUUUAAAAAUACAAAUAGGUAUUUAAUCAUAUAAUAUAUAUAGUAUCGUAUGUCCUUACAGUAGAUUCAAAUAUAGUAAAAGUUAAAAUUAAAAUUAGAUUAAGGUUAAAAUAAAAGUGGUAAUGUUUUGGUUGUUCUCCAUCUUAGCCAUCAUAAGUCAAUUUCCAGUUUGUUCAGCCAUUGGAUAGCUUCAUUUGAUGAUUGUAUAAUAAUUCCAUUGUUUGAAAACAUUAAAAGUUUUCAUAUUUAUGCAUAUUAAGUGUUUAUUCUUAGCAACAGGAACUAAUAUGAUUUUAAUAAACGGGCAAUUAAAUAUUUAUCUACAUGUAUUAUGUAACUACAUAGUUUUUAUUUUUACUUUUAGCUGAGGCACUUGGAGCAAUUGGUAAAGAAGAUGUAAUACCAAUUUUAGAAGAAUAUAAAAAUGACCCGGUUAUUGAGCUAGCAGAGACCUGCCAGUUAGCCUUAGGACGACUAGUAUUACCUAAAAGUGAAGCUAAUGUUGAAAAUAUAUAUGGAUCUGUAGAUCCAGCUCCUCCUUCACAAAUUAAAAGUCUUGAAGAACUUGAAAAAAUUCUUAAUGAUGAAAAUGAAACUCUAUUUAAUAGAUAUAAAGCAAUGUUUUCACUACGGGAUAUUGCAUCACCCGAAAGUAUUAUUAUACUUUCUAAAGGUAAAUAAUAUACUAUACAUUGUUAUAAACAAACAAAUAAUUAAUAAUAAUAACUAUGCUUUGUUUUAGCACUGUCACGCGGAAGCGCUUUGUUUAAACAUGAAAUAGCAUUUGUUUUGGGACAAUUACAAUCACCACUUAGUGUACAAUAUUUAAAAGAAUCAUUAAUAGAUGAAACUCAAAAUGAUAUGGUUAGACAUGAAUGUGCUGAAGCAUUAGGUGCAAUUGCCACAGUUGAAUGUUAUGAUAUAUUAAAACAGUACUUAAGUGACCAAAAAGUAGUAGUCAAAGAAAGUUGUGAAGUAGCACUAGACAUGUGUGAAUACGAAAACUGUCCAGAUUUCCAAUAUGCUGAUACAUUGGAAAAAAUUACUUCUUAAGUUAAUAAUUAAUACAUGUUUUGUAAUUUAUACUUAAUCUGUUAAGUUCUAAUACAAAUAAUUUAUUAAAUACAAGUAUUUCUUCGACAAAUUUAAAAUUGUUCUAUUUUAAAAACUGAUGAUUUAUUUUGAAUGUUAUUAUUAUCCAUUAUAAUCUAAUUUCACUUGUAAUUUAAAUUGCAUUAUUUUUUCAUGGCU